AUGAUGGAUGCAUUUCGAGAGCAUAAGCAAAAAUUGCUUGACCCCGAAAGUGGUCCUUCACCUGUGCAAAGUUCUCCUAAUGCCAAUGGUAAUUUCUGGUUGUGUCCAAGUCUAUCGUAUCAAGAACGCGUCAUUGGUUGCCUAACGUGCUUCAUGCUGGGCUUCUUGCUGUCGCUUGGUUCGACCUUUCGUUUGGCUAGAUUGGUACACGGAAACCCUGCACCUUUUGCGGUUGGCUACACUAUUGGCAAUUUACUGUCUAUUGGCUGUACGACCUUCUUUGUCGGGCCGUGGAAACAAAUACAGACAAUGUUCCAUGCCAAGCGUCGCUACUCUGCCGUCGUUUACGUCGUCUUUAUCUUUGUGACGCUGUUGUUUUGCUUCUCCCAUCACAUUCACCACCGACUAUUGCUGGUGUUACUGUCGGUGCUCGUGCAAUUCCUGGCUCUUGUGUGGUACACGCUGUCGUACGUUCCCUACGGUCGCAGCAUUGCCAUGAGCUGCUGCAAACGUACGUUUGGGUUGGUAUCAGAUGACGAUAUAUAA